AUGGUGUUGCCCGAGUGUUUUGUAGACAUCCCGGCUCUACCAAACAUCGUCUCCCUGUCGGGGACACCCGUAGCAGCCCUUCUUGCUUAUGCGCCGACGCACACCGAUUAUGUGGGUGGCACAUCGUGUGGGCUAAGCUCCUAUGUCACGACGACUCCGUACACCCCGUACCAACGCACCUCAAUAGCCACAUGCUCCCUCCCUUCUUCGGUCUCCGGCAAGCCAUAUUCCGUGACGCCUGUGGUCUUUAUUACCCGAACUGUGUCUUCAACCACACGCCGCACGCUCUACUCUUGCGACCCAAUCCCAGCAGCCAGCAUCAACAAGGGCAACUUCGAUUUCGCAUGCAAGAGCCUGCUCGGGAAAGACGUGGGUGCCGGCAUUCACAGCAUCAGCUGGUACUUGCCCACGGCCGCGGGCAUAUCCAUCUGGCCUUACACCUUCGAUGUUAUCCUACCAAAGUCGACGCCCACAUAUGUGAUAAAUACCGCGCUGGCCACGACAACUCUAGUACCAACAACCGAGGUGUAUGUGGAUGCGACAACGUCAAUCACCAGAACUGUGGCGUCUACCAGCACCGUGACAGUUCCCACGGCGACCUCGACUUGCUUUGUUACUGUUACAGUCACUCAAGUCCCCGGCCCUCGUCUUCGUCGCACCGGGGUGGACGCGAAUCUCAAACCUGAUCCCGCGUCGACCGUGCCAGAUUCAGCCAUCGUGGAUGCCGAUGACAACGUUGGCAACAGCGCCGACGCGAUCGUUGGCCUGGAGCAACGGGCCUCAGCCAGGCCCAAGAUCGGCAAGCCUGACUUCACAUAUCCGCCUUAUGGAGUGACGACAAUCUACGUAACCAACAUGAGCACCGACAUUUACACUUAUUUGUACGUUUCCACCUUUUACGAGACUGCGCCGGAUGUCACCACCACUACCACCUCGUGCCUGGUGACGACCACGAGUACCAUCACGGUUACGGCCACCCCUGUUUCCCGAUAG